AAUAGUUUUCUUUACCUUUCUCUAGAACACCAGCCUCAUCAACCAGAAGAAGAAGAUGGAGGCAGACCUGUCCCAGCUUCAGAGCGAAGUGGAGGAGGCAGUGCAGGAGUGCAGGAACGCCGAGGAGAAGGCCAAGAAGGCCAUCACGGACGCCGCCAUGAUGGCGGAGGAGCUGAAGAAGGAGCAGGACACGAGCGCGCACCUGGAGCGCAUGAAGAAGAACAUGGAGCAGACCAUCAAGGACCUGCAGCACCGGCUGGACGAGGCCGAGCAGAUCGCCCUCAAGGGCGGCAAGAAGCAGCUGCAGAAGCUGGAGGCCCGGGUGCGGGAGCUGGAGAACGAGCUGGAAGCCGAGCAGAAGCGCGUCGCGGAGUCGAUCAAGGGCAUGAGGAAGAGUGAGCGCCGCAUCAAGGAGCUCACCUACCAGACGGAGGAGGACAGGAAAAACCUGCUGCGGCUGCAGGACCUGGUGGACAAGCUGCAGCUGAAGGUCAAGGCCUACAAGCGCCAGGCCGAGGAGGCGGAGGAACAGGCCAACACCAACCUGUCCAAGUUCCGCAAGGUACAGCACGAGCUGGAUGAGGCAGAGGAGCGGGCGGACAUCGCCGAGUCCCAGGUCAACAAGCUGCGGGCCAAGAGCCGCGACAUCGGCGCCAAGGGCUUGAACGAGGAGUAGCUGUGCCACAUCUCCUUGAUCUGCCCCAUCCUGAGGGUGCAACGAAGCUCCCAGUCCUGGAGGCCGGAGAGCAGCCCCUUUAGAGGAAGCGGAAUAAAGCAAUUUUCCUUGAAGUGAGA